CUCCUUUUACUCUCCCUACCAUUCCCCUUUCUCUCUCCUCUUCCUUAGCUCCAUCAGGUGUUCUUCUUCUUCUUCUUCUACGUCUCCCUUUAUGAUCUCUUUAUAUAUCUAUCAUGGUUUGUCGGGAAGAGUCGUGCCAUAGCAUCAUCAACGUACUGGCCUUUUGUACUGCUUGUAUCGUAGAAUCCAAUUAAUCUCGGCUAUUGAAGGAUUCGAUAAUUGUUAUAAAUGGAUUGCAUCCAGGACUGGCCCGAACCAGUCGUCCGCGUCCAGUCCCUGUCGGACAGCGGCGCCACCAGGAUCCCCGAGAGAUACGUAAAGCCGGCCGCCGACCGGCCUUCUUCGGCCCCGUGCGCCGACCUACGCAUCCCGGUCAUCGACCUCGCUACGCUCGCCAGCGAUGGCCCCGUCGACUGCGCGGCGGUCGUCCAGGCGGUGUCGGGCGCGUGCAGGGACUGGGGGUUCUUCCAGGUGGUGAACCAUGGGGUGGACCCAAGCUUGAUAAGAAGGAUAAGGGAAGUGUGGGGGAGCUUCUUCCACUUACCCAUGGAAGCGAAGCAGGUGUAUGCCAAUUCCCCGAAGACUUACGAGGGCUACGGCAGCCGGCUCGGGAUCGAGAAGGGUGCCAUUCUUGACUGGGGUGACUACUACUUCCUCCACGUCCUCCCCUCAUCCCUCAAAAGCCUUCACAAGUGGCCCGCCCUUCCUCCCACCUUGAGCAGGGAGACUACCGACGAGUAUAGCCGAGAAGUGUUAAAGCUGUGCGAAAGAGUGAUGAAGGUGCUGUCGUUGGGCCUGGGACUGGAGGACGAUUUCCUACAGAAGGCGUUCGGUGGGGAUGACGCGGGGGCAUGUAUGAGGGUCAAUUUCUACCCCAAGUGCCCCCAACCGGACCUCACUCUCGGCCUCUCCUCGCAUUCGGACCCCGGAGGCAUAACCGUCCUCCUGGCCGACGACCGGGUCAAGGGCCUUCAGGUUCGCCGAGGCGAUGCUUGGGUCACCGUUCAGCCGGUUCCCGAUGCCUUCAUCAUUAACGUCGGAGAUCAAGUUCAGGUGCUAAGCAAUGCGACAUACAAGAGUGUGGAGCAUAGGGUGGUGGUGAAUUCAGAAACCGAGCGACUAUCUUUCGCCUUCUUCUACAACCCAAAAAGCGACUUGCUGAUUAGACCAGCCCCUGAGCUGGUGACAUCUGAACAUCCUGCUCUUUAUCCGCCUAUGUCAUUCGAUGAGUAUCGCCUCUACAUUAGGAGGAAGGGUCCUCGUGGAAAAUCUCAAGUUGAAUCACUCAAGGCCGUCUGAUGAUGAUAAUGACGGCGAUUUGGAUCUCAUAUCCUCUCCCCUCUGUACAUGAAUAAGAGUAUAGAUAUGUAAAUCAUGAUGAGCCCAUCAGGUGUGUGUCCUCAGACAGACCUCGUGAUUCGGGCAUCCCACGGUUCUCUCACGCGCAAAAAAACAAAAGUUUAAAAUGGAAAAUUUUGUUGGGCGGGACCACCCAUGCUCCUCGGUCGUCGUCAUUAGCCGUUUUCUAUAUGGUGGGACCCACCACGAGGUCGCGUAAGCAAUUAUGGAUGAGCUCAAUUUGGAUCA